GGCGUCAGUGAGCUACGACAGUUACGACGCCUCGAUGAGUACACGAAUACCAUAAUGAGCAACGCGGCACGACGACGUCGACUACAAGACUGCCGAGGAAAUCGGAGGGUCGAUAUAUGCCGCAGACCUGAGGCACGGAAACUGACGCAGACGCGUCACACCCCAAACGACCUCUCACUGGCAGCUUGCUCUCAGCUCGAUCAAGCUCAGUCCCGGGGUAUCUCCUCCCGCCGCGGCUAUCUCCUCUAUACUGUUUGUCCGGUUCAUGGAUGACGUUCAUGAUUAAGAACAUUUCCGGGGCCUCGGGCGGAUCCUUUACAUCGUGACGUCCAGUAUGAAUGGGACAGACGGCAUCUCACUCAACGAGUUCAUCUUAAGCAUGCCCUAACACUGCAUCGCGCUCAUGGAAGGCAUUGGUGUU